AUGCCAAUUAAGUCAAAGCAGCCAGCCAGGCAAACCAAGAACAAGACCAAAAAAGCGCAGGUUCGCCAGCGAUCCUCAAGCCCGGUUGAUGAAAGGCAGGAAAAAUCGGGGGAUGGCCAGGAGAUAGAAGACCAAAGUAGCGAUGAGGAGGCUCCCAGGUUGGAUAUGACGAACUUGUUGAAAGCUUUGGAAGAUCAAUCUAAACAAAAAUUGGCGAAGAAACAAAACAAAACUUUCCAAGAGAUCGAAGCCGUCCUCCAAGGCGCUCUAGUCGAGCGAUUAAACAACUUGAUUCAAACUCAAGAAAGCGAAUUAGAGGGAAUCGUUUCGGACUAUUUUAAUUUCAAGGCGCAGACUGAGGACCAGAAAGACGAAUUAAUAAAGGAAAUCAUCAACCAGCAACAAUCCUUUCAGGUAGUAGAGCACAAUUUCUCCAAGAUAUCUCUUCGGAUCACACAACGUCUGAUCAGGUGA